CCUUACACCCAUUGUCUCAACGUACCCAUUCUUCCCAAAACAAUUGUGUAAGAUUUCUUUCUCCCAGUGGUGCAUGAGGAAAGUUCACCCUGGGUAUAUUAUACAUGUUUACUGACUAGAAAUGAAUAUAAAUGAAAUGAGUCAUUUUCAGAUUAGAGAAUAUGUAUUUUAUUUCCCUCUCAUUGCAUGCAUGAAAUGCAACCCCAAUACUACAACUAACCCCAACCCUAACCCCUAACAAACACACACAAAAAAUGUAUUCUGGGGAAACCUAUUCUUUCAGUCUGCAUGCUUACAUAGUAAAAACAAUACUCAGAUGUGAUGAAAAGCAUGUUUAAAGACAGCAUAGCUGAAGGGUUAAUGUGUUUCAUGGCACGCAGCCAGCAACCAACAAUCUAAAGGGCAUUAGUGGACACCCUACAUCAGUUCCUCCCCUCACACCACCCUCCACUUCAAUCAUCCUGUCUGCUGCUGGAGUAGUAGAGACAGAGAGAAAGAGAGAGUGUAUGUUUUUGUUCUGGGGCAGAAAGGCGUUCUCCUGGCUCAGGAUGUUGCCUUUAAAGCUGGAGAAGUUGGUUUCCUGUGGAGGAAACGAUCACAGAAUGGACGAGGCUUGGUCGAGACACCGUGUUCCCAGCAUUUCUUGAGUACAGGUCACCCAGCUGCAGAGCGUGCAGCACUUUUUUUGCGGAACAAAGUCGGUCUCGCUGCUUCAAGAGGUGUUUGUUUCCCCUGAUGGAUUCUGGAUGCUUUGAAGACUGGUUGACUGACGGACUAAAUCUGAACCUGACCUUUUCCCCAAGAGAAUGCAUUUAUGAAUAUUACACAAUGGACAAACGACAAGUGGAUGCGUCAAACUAAUAACGACUGAGACUUCUCAGCUUGUUUGUGCUUUUGCUUUGAGUGAAUGAAUGGGUAUUUCUACUCCAACUCAUCAUCCUGAGUAAGGUCACCUCUAGUUUCCCAUGUCAGGUGCUUGACCAAAAGAGACAUGUCCAAUGACAGUUGCAACCUCCCCUUGGACACGGACACAUUUAGCCUAACCUGCAUCUAUGGCCUGAUCUUUUCGUUGGGUCUCCCCAGCAACCUGCUGUCUCUCUGGGGACUGUAUCAUCUAGGCCGCUCAGGCAGUGGAGGCUGCCAGCUCGUCUACAUCCUCAACCUGCUGCUGUCAGAUCUCCUGCAGCUCCUGACCCUGCCACUGUGGAUACUUUAUCUCCAAGGUGCACACCGUUGGCCCUAUGGCCAGCUUACCUGUGAGCUGGUGGGUUACGUGUUUUACGUUAACGUCUACGCCAGCGUCAUGUUCCUGUGCCUGAUAGCGCUGGACCGCUUUCUGGCCAUUGUCUACCCACUGAGCAGCCGCAGGGUGCGGACUGUCAGGGUGGCAGCGGUGGCUGGGGUUGUAGUUUGGACACUCACCUUCCUGUUCUGCCUGAGUGGGCUGCUGCCAUCAGUGUUUGACUCUGACAGACUGCUGUGUCUGGAGAAAUACCCCGUCAGCCCUGCAUAUGCCUACUUCAAGAUCACCACUGUGGCCCUCGGAUUUCUGUUGCCAUGUGCCAUACUAGGCUACACCUCAGCCCACAUUGGGGUGACACUCCGGAGAUCUCCUUCCCUCUCUGAUCACGAGCGGCACAAAAUCGUGGGCAUUCUAGUCGUGAUCACCGUCAACUUCAUUGUUGUGUUUGGACCCUAUCACCUUGUGUGUGGAUACAGAUUUGUGUCCUUGCUGCUGACUAAUGAGCCAUGUGGAUUGGAGCGUUCCAUUUUCUUCAUCUAUCGCCUAUGUUACGGUCUGACCAGCCUCAACACCCUGCUGGAUCCCCUCUUCUACAUCUUCCUGUGCUCUGAUGCCCGACUAGAGCUGCAAAGAUCCCUGUCCUGUCUGGGAAGGGGGCAAAACACUCGUAAAAAGAUCACUCUCAGUACCAGAGCUACCAGUUUCAGUGCAGUGAGUUUCAACUCUCAGUAAAUACAUUCAUUUGUG